UCAGAUGAGGCUUCAGUGUGUUGAAUUAUUGGCGUAAGGACAAACAAUCAAGCUUUUCCAGUGAGUUAUAUUUGUAUCGAGGUUCAACAGUAAACAGACCACACUACCAUGGAGCAGUUACCUCUCCAGCCUUCAAACUUCUCCCCUGAUGCCUCAAGGAGCACCUGUCGUCCCAAGAUCCUUUGCGUGUCCAAUAUGGAAGAACUGGUGGUGGAGGUCCGUGGCUCCAACGGGGCUUAUUACAAGGGCGUUGUCAAAGAUAUCCACGAUGACUCUCUCACCAUUGCCUUUGAGAACAAUUGGCAGCCAGAGCGCCAGGUUCCCUUCAAUGAUGUCAGGAUGCCACCGCCCGCUGACGGCAAGAAGGACAUUGGAGAGGGCGAGGAUGUGGAGAUCCUCUCCAGAGCCAAUGAUCAGGAGCCUUCUGGUUGGUGGCUGGCUAAAGUCUGCAUGAUGAAGGGAGAUUUCUAUGUGAUCGAGUAUGCCGCCUGCGACGCCACCUACAAUGAGAUAGUGACCUUUGAGCGUCUACGCCCAGUCAACCUUAACAAGGCCAUCACCAAGAACUCCUUUCACAAGUGCACUGUCCCUGUUCCUCAGGAUCUACAAGAAGCGUGCCAGGGUGAGAACGCCCAUAAGGAGUUUAAGAAAGCCGUGGGAGCCUGUCGCAUCUCAUACUGCCCUGAGACCAGCCAACUAGUGAUUGUGUCUACCAAUGAGACGACCGUGAAGCGUGUGUCUUUGCUGAGUGACAUGCACCUGCGCAGCAUCAGGACCAAGCUGCUGCUAGUGUCACGCAACCAUGAGGCCACAAAACACCUGGAGACCUCCAGGCAGCUGGUGUCGUCCUUCCAGGAGGAGUUUAUGGUGAGAACGGAUCUGAUGGGCCUGGCCAUCGGCAGCCACGGCAGCAACAUCCAGCAAGCAAGGAAAGUUCCAGGUGUCUCUGCCAUUGACCUCGAUGAGGAGACUGGCACUUUCAGGAUUUAUGGAGAGACAGCGGAGGCUGUGAAGAAGGCCAGGAACUACCUGGAGUUUCUGGAGGACUCUGUCCAGGUGCCCAGGGCCCUUGUUGGCAAAGUGAUCGGUAAGAACGGUAAGGUCAUCCAGGAGAUUGUGGACAAGUCCGGUGUGGUGAGGGUCAGGAUAGAAGGAGACAACGACAACAAGCAAGCCCGUGUUUUGUUGACACAGGGAAUGGUCCCAUUCACCUUUGUCGGUACGAAGGAGAGUAUUGGCAAUGUUCAAGUCUUGUUGGAGUACCACAUCUCUUACCUCAAUGAAAUGGUGGAGCUUCUUGCAGAGGGCCAGCAGUUAAAGGAAGAGCUGAGGCAGUUUGUGGAUUAUACACAGGGAAGCAGCCUAGCAAGACUCAGAAUAAACAGCACGAAGCUCGCUGGAUGUCUUGUAGAUGAGGUUGAGCAGCUCCGUCUGGAGAGGAUGCAGAUUGAUGAACAGUUACGUCAGAUCACCCAGGGUCACCGCUCAGGUGACAGAGAGAGAGGAGAGAGAGGGGAAAGAGGAGGAGGAGGAGGAGGAGGAGGAGGGUAUAAUACAGAUGGCAGUGCCAAUGCCUCCUCAUCCUCCCUACAUGGCAGUCGCUCCUACAACGGUCGAGGGCGUGGGCGCCGAGGCCACGGCUACAGCACUGGAUAUGGCACCAACUCGGAGCAGUCCAAUGCCUCCGAGACAGAUUCAGAGCGCAGGGAUGAGCUCAGUGACUGGUCCCUUGCUGCAGAGGAACAGGACAGGGAGAGAGGCUCACGACCACAAAGAGACAGCCGCAGGAGGCCUGGACCCGGCAGAGGCCGAGGAGGGCCUGGAGGACGGGGGAGAGGAGGAAGAGGAGGAUACAGCAACAGCUCUGCCGGGCCUCGGGACCAUGAGGAUAACAAUGCCUACGGAGCUGCGGAGACAAACACGGAGACGGAUCAGACAGCUGAUACGGAUGCUAGCGAGUCCAACUUGCCCGCAAACCGCCGCAGAAGAUCUCGGCGGCGCAGAACAGACGAGGACACCACACUGUUGGAUGGCAUGAGCGAGUCGGACAACGCCUCAAUGAGUGAAAAUGGAAUCGAUGACUCAGAAGCUAAACCUCAGCGUCGUAACCGUAGUCGACGUCGCCGCAUCUGCCUGCCUGAGGAGAGGCAGCCAGUGACAGUGGCUGACUACAUAUCCCGGGCUGAAUCUCAGAGCAGACAGAUGACGACCCCCAAGGACAUUAAGAAAAACAAGGAUGUGGGUCAAGUUGAUACUAUUGCUGAGGACAGCCCACCAUCUGCCCCGGCAACCACCAACGGCUCUAACAUCAGUGCUGGCGACGCUGAGGGCAGCAGUGCCACAGGAGCUCCCGACAAAGUCUCCUGUCAGGGUGACUCUAACCCACAACCUGUUGUUAACGGACUCUCCUAAUCAGACCUGAGCAAAGGAAAUGGUUUCAAAUAUUUGGAAUUCUUUGGCUGCACUUGAUUUAUUAUCCCUGUCUCCAGAGCAGCCUUGUAUGUGAAACAUUUAAACACAACAAGCACUGUUCUUUUUUUUAACUUUACAAGUAUUUGAAACCCGUUCCGCCGUUUUAGAGGUCUGAACGUUAACCUCCCCUUUACACACGUGUUCUGUCCAACUAUUCAUUUUACUGCAGUUUUUAUUUUUAUUUUACAAUAGUUCUUCCUGUAUGAGCUUGCCAAAGAUAGUCAAACACACAGACAUCUACUUAACUAUACUUGUCGGUCCACUCUUCAUUGAGAGCUCAGGGAGAGGUCGGACUGAAUGCAGUAGUUAUAAAAUGCAGACAGGGAUUCCUUUUUUUUAUCGGUAAAAAUAAUAUCAUAGCAGGAUUUUAGAACAGAAACACGUCUGCCUUUUACCAGGUGGACUCGCAACCUUUUUCAGGAUGUUUUGUGCAUCUGAAGUAGUUCGGAAAUUAAAUAUUCUGCAUGAGCAGUACCACAGUGCAGAUAGGUUUGUUGGAAACCCAAGUAUGUUUGACAUACAUGUGAUCAUCUGUUGUGCCUUGAGAGUAGAUUCAACAUGUUGUUGCCUGGCUCUGCACACCAUCUGAAAUCUUUCUUUCUAUUUCUGUGUUACUCGAUCACGCUCGCCUGCCACAGAUGAACCGGGCGAGUUGUCUCCUUGUGCUAUAUGUGCCCUUCUGGCACUGUAGGCAGGUGGAGGCAAACACUGAAAGACCCUGAAAGGAUUUCAGAGGCAUAUCUUUUUAAAAUCAGGUGUGACUAUUCUUAAUUUUUGUGGGGAAAAUGAGUCCAGUUAUCCUUUAUAUAUCUAUAUAGAAA